AUGCCAAGUGACAAAACAGUCGGAGGAGGCGACGACGCUUUCAACACCUUCUUCAGCGAAACCGGCGCCGGAAAACAUGUCCCACGCGCCGUCUUUGUAGAUCUCGAACCCACCGUCAUCGAUGAAUUCAGAACCGGAACCUACCGCCAACUCUUCCACCCUGAACAACUAAUCAGCGGCAAAGAAGACGCUGCUAACAACUUCGCACGUGGCCACUACACAAUUGGGAAAGAAAUCGUGGACCUCUGUUUAGACAGAAUCCGAAAACUAGCUGACAACUGCACUGGACUCCAAGGCUUCCUAGUCUUCAACGCCGUAGGCGGCGGCACCGGCUCUGGUCUAGGCUCUCUCUUACUCAAACGCCUCUCCGUUGACUAUGGAAAAAAGUCAAAACUCGGGUUCAUAGUCUACCCAUCUCCCCAAGUCUCAACAUCAGUAGUCGAGCCCUACAACAGCGUCUUAUCAACCCACUCCCUUCUAGAACACACCGACGUCGCGAUUCUUCUCGACAACGAAGCCAUCUACGACAUCUGCCGCCGGUCACUAGACAUCGAAAGGCCAACCUACACAAAUCUCAACCGUUUAGUCUCCCAAGUCAUCUCUUCACUAACGGCGUCGUUACGUUUUGACGGAGCUUUAAACGUCGACGUGACAGAAUUCCAAACUAACCUAGUUCCAUACCCGAGGAUUCACUUCAUGCUUUCCUCCUACGCUCCUGUGAUAUCAGCUGAGAAGGCUUAUCAUGAACAGUUAUCAGUUGCUGAGAUAACCAACAGUGCGUUUGAGCCUUCUUCUAUGAUGGCAAAAUGUGAUCCGGGGCAUGGGAAGUAUAUGGCGUGUUGUUUGAUGUACAGAGGGGAUGUGGUUCCGAAGGAUGUGAAUGCUGCGGUGGCGACGAUUAAGACGAAGAGGACGAUUCAGUUUGUGGAUUGGUGUCCGACUGGGUUUAAGUGUGGGAUUAAUUACGAGCCGCCGACUGUUGUGCCAGGUGGCGAUUUGGCAAAGGUGCAACGUGCGGUUUGUAUGAUUAGUAAUUCGACUUCGGUUGCGGAGGUGUUUUCGAGGAUUGACCAUAAGUUUGACUUGAUGUAUGCGAAGAGGGCUUUUGUGCAUUGGUAUGUCGGGGAGGGGAUGGAGGAAGGGGAGUUUAGUGAAGCGAGGGAGGAUUUGGCUGCGCUUGAGAAGGAUUAUGAGGAGGUUGGUGCUGAAGGGGGGAUGAUGAGGGUGAUGAAUCAAUUAAAGUUAAAGUCAAAAGUUUGUUAG